AUGGCUUUAUUAAGACGACAUUAUCAUCCAGCACGAGAAAUUUCAACAAAUCGAAUAUCAAGACCUUUUGAAAGACCUAUAUGGAGUAUUGAAGUCAUUUCGAUCGAAGAACAUUUCUCGUAUAAUAAAUCAUUCAUCGUUCUCAAAUUGGAAAACUAUGCUACAUGA